CCUCCCCUAGUUGAGCACAUGACUCUUCGUUUGAGGGAGCUGCCAACCUUUUCUGUUAUUGUGCUGUUUCUACAGUUUCAGCUCGCUUUCUAUUCCUGUAAUAGCUUUGUUAAAAUGAGGCUGCUGUGUGUGGUGACGGCGGUGUGUCUCGGUGUGGGCGUCAUGGCAGGGAAAUACUCUCGGGAGGUGAAUGAGCCAUCUCAGGGUGGCAGCGAUGGGCAGACGGUGGAGUUCAGGAUAGCUAAACUCAACCAGGUCUGGGAGAAAGCUAAACGGAUGCAGCUGUCUCCAGUACGACAGGCUGAGCUGCACAGUGACCUCAAGAUUCAGGAAAAAGACGAGCUGCAGUGGAAGAAAAUGAAGGUGGAAGGCCUCGAUGAGAACGGAGAGAAGGAGGCUCAGCUAAGACGCAAUUUUAAUGUGAUCCUGGCUAAGUAUGGCAUGGACGGGAAGCGGGACAUGCGGCCAAUGGAGAGCAACUCACUAAAAGACCAUGAGGCCAAAGACGGGGACGCAUUCGAUGAUCCCAAACUGGACAAGCUCUGGAACAAGGCCAAAACCUCUGGGAAGUUUUCCAAUGAUGAGCUGCAGAGCUUAAAAAGAGAGUUUCAGCACCACAAGGACAAGAUCCAUGAGUACAACCUCCUGAUGGAUACGGUCAGCAGGACAGAAGAGAUUCACAAGAACGUCAUCUCCUCGAUAGAGGGCGAUGCCAAAGAGCAUGUGCUGCAGCAGAAGCACACUGAGCUGAAGGAGAAGAUGAGAGACCUCAACCACGGCUUCGAGCGCCUCCGUAAAAUCAGCCAUGAGGGCUUCUCUCAAGACAGCGAGUUUCGGGAGCCGCGUGUGAUUGAACUGUGGGAGGCUGCAAAGAGGGCAAACCUCAGCAAAGAUGAGCUGGAGUCUCUCAAGGAAGAGCUGCGUCACUUUGAGACCAAGGUGGAGAAGCACAGCCAUUACCAGGAGCAGCUGCAGCUGUCUCACCAGAAGCUGCAACAUGUCGAGUCUCUGGGUGACAAAGAGCACAUCAAGAGGAACCAGGAGAAGUACAACACCCUCGCUGAGAAGACAAGGGAGAUGGGCUACAAGAUGAAGAAACACCUGCAGGACUUGUCCAAUAAGAUUUCGCGUCAGGGUCUGCAGCACAACGAGCUGUGAGGGACCCGAAGGCUCAUAAAAGAGCAGUUGAACCUAAAACAGCCUGUUUGAACUGUGGAAAGACAUUCCUCUCAACUACUGAAGAAAAAAAAACAUGCACAGGUUCCUAUUUUUUAUGAGUAAAUGAAUGAAUAAUUUUACACAGUUUGCAAAUCAGAUUCACAUUCUUUGUUCAACUAAAUGAUCAAAUAAAACAAGUUACUAAUGGAAAACAA